GCUCAGUGUUGGUGUGGUCUUGGUGCGCAGUGGUAUUCUGCUCACUGCUCCUGCGAUGUUUACCACAACCUCUCUUAUUCUCACCGUCUCUGUGAUAUUUUGUGACACCUCAACAGUGAACUGAAUCACCCGAAGGUACACCGAAGUAUAUAGUGGAACUUUGCGUCUGUGAUCGUCAAAAUAACUGUAAAUUUAAGUGGAGUGAGUGAGAGUCGAGGGAGUGCGGUGUUGCCGCAGUGUGAGCACCGAGGUGCCACGUUGCCGUCAUGGAGGCUGGCUCAGCUCCGCUUGGCUCAGCUCCCCUUGGCUCAGCUGCUCCUGGCUCAGCUGCGCCGCUGCAGACACUGUCGUUGCUGCAGCAUAGUUCUCGCCACCGCUCCAACAAUAACAACAGUGCUCUCAAGAAUAAGAAGAGGCGCAGGCGGCGACGACGAACACCUAAAGCAGUGGAAAAGUUACGUGGGGAGAGUAACAUCGCUAUUCUGUCACCGACGACGUCCCGCGAGUCAUGGGCGCUCCAUCAUGGCCCGCCCACGCCCGUGCUUCGACCCGUGGGUGCCCAGGUUCCUCGCGCCCCCGAGAACAGCACUCAGUUUAUCAUGGAUGAUCACGAAAACUCAGCAAUGUUUGUGGACUUCGACAACUUCAGCACACCACACUGGGAGCAGGAGCCGCCUGUUAGUGGCGCUGAGGAAGACGAGACUGGGAGUGCCACGCCUACGCAUGCUCUCACCCGCGACUGGUUUCCUUUCAACGCCGCCGACUUCGAAACCGCAUAUCAGAGUGCCCGUGAAGAUAGACUGAUGUCUGGUAGUCGCUCUGAGUUGCGCUCUGCCAUAGUGGCGCUUGAGGCCCGCGCAGCUGUGCUCGCUGAUGCACUCUCUGCCUCCCCUUCCCGCCUUCUGUCUACCCUACAGGCGCAGCUGCUACAGCUUCAGGAGGAAAAUGCUUCGUUGCGUCAGCGUCUGGCCCGCCACGAACGGAAGCGGCAGCAAUCACUGGAAUCUUCGUCAUCGUCAUCAACAGACAGCGAUUCAGAGUCCGACUCAACCAACUCCUCGAGUGACUGCUCAGAGUCGGACUGCGACACUUGUGCAGCUCGUCGCAGUGCUGCUGUCAAAGAAGAGGAGGAGAAGGAGAACACCCGCCCCAUCCUUCCUACUCGUCUGCCUUUCACAACACUUCCUUAACUUUUCCCGACUCUCAAAGGCGGCAAAGAAAUUUAAAGGCAGCAGUGUUUUUACCGAGACUCCACCGGUGUGCGGGUCACACCUCUCAAGGCCGUGUCACGCCCUCUUGAAACCGUGUCACGCCGUCUUGAGGCCGUGUCACGCCGUCUUGAGGCCGUGUCACGCCGUCUUGAGGCCGUGUCACGCCCUCUUGAGGUCGUAUGUUAUCGUCUCUACAGUCGCAAGUCUGCUGGUUCUAGAUACGCCGUCAGGGGCGUCCUCCAGCACCUCCAUAAGUCAAGUGUAUUGGUUUCAUCCCUUCCUGUGUCCCACAGGAAGUCAGCCCGACUCUCAGUGUUCCAGAAGUUGAUAGGCAAGUUUAGCUCCUAUAAAAUUGUUCAGUAAAAUAACACAGCAGACUUUGUCUAGGACACAUGUUUAUUCGAAAAUUAAAUCUGAUUAUAAAAGAAAACAGUUAAAGGCUAUGUAGUGUAGCUUAAGUCACCAAGGCUCUUGUCACAAAUUUAGCAACGAAGGCUUUUGUCAGACAUUAUCGAAGUCACGAACGGAGCCCACUACUAAACAGACCUCACCGAGGUGCUCACUUCAGCCAUGUCGCAUAGUACACCGUGCAGUUGCAAAAUAUUUAAUUUAGUCAUUGUACCGGAUCCAAGUUCAACAGCCUUCGUCCAGAAUCUUUCACAACUUGAACACACUUAGACUAAACUGGUAGAAAGUACCUCUGCUCAAAAUGAACCAUAUGAACUUUUUUCUUUUGUGUAUUUUCUACAAUACUGUCAUUUUCUUUGUUAUUGUUAAUUCUCACUUUGUUAUGGAUAUGUGCUCAUAAAGUUUAAUUUUUGUUUUAUACAGUAGAUGCUUAGUAAAUAUAAAUGAUAUAUUUCUUAUAAUUAAAUUAUUAUUAUAUAUUGUGUGUUGUGUAUC